UCGCUACUAUGCUGGCAUGUAACUACAAGUAUUGUGUUGAAGCUCCACAGAACCAAGAAGCUGAGGUUGGAAUUCUUAGAGCGUGGAAUAUAAUACUGAAACUUAUGGACGAAGUUGUGGACAUAAGGAAGGACCGCAUCGUUUUGGGUUCUCGCAUUUGUGUCCAUCCUGACUAUGGUCAUCAAGGUGUUAUUACAAAGAUAAUGAAGCUAAGUCUGGAUCUUAGCACCAAGCAGGGAUACACAUUGGCCUGUGGAUAUACCAACAACCCUAACAGUAUGAGGAUAUGUCUCCGUCUUGGGUUCAAGAAUGUCAAAACAGUGAACGUAAACACCCUGGAGGAAGGCAUCUUCGACCUCUCCUGCUUGGAAUACAAGAUCAUAAAUUUUUUUACUAAACGUCUGCGAUCUGAAACAAUACUGUCGUCCAAGUUAUAAUCAGAACUCAGCCCUACCAACUAAUCAUAUAUUGUCUCCUUUUUCAUAUAGGUCAUAUGAAGAAUUUAUAGAUGAUUGUUUAUCACAUAAAUAUAAGACGUCCACACACCUGCAAGUCUUGUUCUUCAACAU